AUGGAUACGCGAGGGGUUGUGCCAGCGAUGGUGGGCACAUGUCGUUUGUCGUCCAACACGAACACUGAAGAAGGAACUUUGACGCAAGAGUCCGGCGACGUCCGGAGCGUCGAGGGGGAAGUCUGCGGUGCCGUGCUGGUCGACGCGUGA